AUGUUUAGAAAAUGUCGGUUGUAUUUAUUAGUAUUUUUAGAAUUAGUAUCAGUCAACGAAGCACUUAAUAAUGGUUUAGCGCUCACACCACCCAUGGGCUGGCUCACAUGGCAGAGGUUCAGAUGCAUAACAGAUUGUGAAAAAUAUCCAGACGAAUGUAUAAGUGAAGCCCUUAUAAAACGUACGGCAGAUAUAAUGUUAGAUGAGGGCUAUUUGGAAGCGGGCUACAACUACGUGGGUAUUGACGACUGCUGGUUGGAGAAAGAGCGUGAUGAUAAUGGUCGUCUUGUACCAGAUAGGAAUCGAUUUCCCAAUGGAAUGAAAGCUGUAGCUGAUUAUCUUCAUGAAAAAGGUUUCAAGUUCGCCUUGUACCAGGAUUAUGGUAACAAAACUUGUAUGGGCUACCCCGGUGUUUUGGAUCACGAGGAGACUGAUAUACAGUCGUUUGUGGAUUGGGAUGUUGAUUAUAUAAAAUUAGAUGGUUGUUACGUAGACACAGCCAAAAUGGACGAUGGUUAUCCCUAUUUUGGCAAACUAUUGAACCAAUCUGGAAGACCAAUGGUUUAUUCGUGCAGUUGGCCUGCUUAUCAAAAAAAACCAGACUAUGCUUCUAUCUCACAUCAUUGCAAUUUAUGGCGCAACUGGGAUGACAUUCAGGACUCCUGGAGUUCGCUCAGUAAAAUUAUGAAUUGGUUUGCUGAAAAUCAAGAUGAUUUCGCGAAAUACGCUCGUCCAGGACAGUGGAACGAUCCUGAUAUGCUCCUAGUAGGUAAUUUUGGUCUAUCAUUAGACCAAGCAAAAGUUCAAAUGGCAGUUUGGUCGGUAUUGGCUGCUCCGUUACUAAUGAGCGUCGAUUUGAAGACCAUUAGACCGGAGUUUAAGGAAGUUCUUCUAAAUAAAGAUAUAAUCGCUAUCGACCAAGACUCUUUGGGCAAACAGGGUCUGAGGGUUUGGAACAAGUCUAAUUGUGAGAUAUGGAAUAGAAAGCUGUCAGAUGGUUCCUACGCGAUCGCAUUUGUGAACAAACGAGACGAUGGAACCCCAUAUGCUGUUAAGGUGUCUUUUGAUACCAUGAGGAUACCGAAGCAGACGUAUGAAGUUCAAGAUCUUUAUAAAGAAGAACAACCACGUUCUGUUGGCCCUGAAGUUGACUUCGAAACAAGAAUAAAUCCAUCUGGUGUGAAGUUUUAUAAGUUUAUCCCGAAAUCAUCUAACGAUGUUAAUACGGCGACGUGAGAUAUGAUUAAAAUAAAAGUAAUACUUGUUAUUGAUAAGAAAUAAAUAUGAUUAGAAAAUUUG